CGCAAUUGUACUGUAAAUCCGUUACCUCACCUUCCCGCGUCUUGUCACAUACGUGUCACGUGACAAGCUCGUCUGUGAUUGUCCUGGUAACGGUUACCUGGUAACGAGCGCGAGGAUAAAAGAGCAACGGCACACAGUCACAGUUACAGAUGGUUGGACCCUUGGGUGCAGUCAAGCCUUCGCAUGGAACGGGCAGACCAGGGGGGCGUCCCACCAACGCUGGCCUCGACCAAUACUGCACCACCUUUAGACAGUCUUAUGGUAAGGAGUUAUUCCUGCCAAGUGUAGGUCAUCAUUUUGGGACAGGUUACUCUGCCAACCACCGUCCUGUUCUGUACUACAGCUCCAGCCUGGACCGCUAUGAUAAUCCACAGUUUGGUCUCUCACUGUUGGACAGUUUUGAGUCUCAAUCGAAGCGUCAUUACCAGCGUCUGGCUCUGCCUGACGGGACGGCGCCUUUGGCCUGCUCGGGGUCCAGACGCAGAGAGAGUGGAUAUUUGCAGCUCCAAACUCAGCCAAGACCCAGAGCAGCGUCCCGUCAGACUGAAUAUAAAGGCACUUACAUUCCUCACCGCCUCAAAGUUUUAGUUGGACCCAUAGAAGAGAGUGGAUACACUGAGGGAACCAAUCUACAGCCAAACACCUUCCUUCCUCAACACAUUAACAUGGACGACGCUCGCAGGAUACAGGAAAGUGUGACGAGGACUGACUUCCUGCCCGGAUCUUUCCUACAGGGCAGUGAAGCAUUACCAAAACUUGCCUCCCGUGCACUUCGAGAAACUGGAUUUACAAGAGAAACCCAAAGGCCUCUGACCAGUUCAGCCUCUCUGCAGGGUGGCUUUAGUGAGGACAGCAGACAGAAGACUGGACCUGCUGUAACUAGAUUGUCCAUUGGGCCAACGGGCUCAUCAGGAUUCGUCCUGAACGCCCCCAACAUCACAAGCCUCUCACAUACACCAGCCGACCCACAACACUUCCUCACACACUACCAAAGCAAGUUUUGUGACAAAUCAUCAGUGGAGCAGCAGAGAUCAGAUUGGGUGAGAGGAGGCAUACAGAGACACAGAGAGAGCGGGUACAGUGGACGAGACACGGAUAGGUGUUUUUCUGCUGAAGUGUUGAUGUAAUGCAUCAAAGUUCAGUCUUGAUGUUCCACGGUGUCAGAGCAGCACAACCCCCUAGUGGCCAUUUCUUGUCAUAAGCCUUGUGAACCUGAGGGGGAGCGUUGACAUCCAGGUAUUCAUCGGUCUGAAAUCUAGACUAGACAUCAGUUUUUGUUUAUUAUGCUUGAGAUACUUAUAAGCUUCAUUUGAAGUUUUCUCAAUAUUAAUGCACAACCAUAUAUUUUCAAUUCUUCCGUUAUGAAAUGGUCCAUUUUUGUCAUCAUUUACAGUCACCAUGAAAUCAAAAUGGAUG